ACAGUAUAUCUGUCAUGCUAUUUUUCCACUAGCCAUAUCUUUAUAUAUUUAUAAAAAAUGACUUAUAAAUUUAUUUUAUAACUUUGACCAUCAAAAUGUAAACAAAAAACCAAAACAAGUAAUCUUAUUCUCUUGACUAGAUUUAUAAAUAAUAACUGUCUUAACAAUUUUGUAGUUAUGUCCAGAAGUAAUGUCUCAAGCGAUUCUUCUAAUUUCAAAUUCGGUUCUGCUUGGUUUCAGAAGAAAAUAAACAUACGACCUGUUCUCAGAGGAUGUCAUUUAAUUACAGAUGAAAUCUUAAAACAAGUACCGGAAAUAGCAAGAUUCUCUAUCGGGUUGCUUCAUAUUGAAAUCAUGCAUACCUCUGCUAGUUUGGCUCUUAACGAGAACUGGGAUCCUGAUGUCAGGGAAGACAUGGAAGCCUUUUUGACCGAGCUUGUUCCUGAAAGCACUCCUUUUAGACAUUCAUGUGAAGGACCAGAUGAUAUGCCAGCACACAUCAAGUCUUGUUUUCUUGGAUCUCAUCUCACUAUUCCAAUCACUGAUGGUCAACUGAAUUUGGGCAGUUGGCAGGGUGUGUGGCUGUGUGAGCACAGAAACAGAGCAGGUUCACGAAAAAUGAUGGUGACAAUCAAUGGAGCUCUGAGGGAUUAAAAGAUGUUUUUACGUGAUUAUCUUCUUAUUAAAUAGCACUUCUAAAGACAUUAUAAUAGAUGAAAUGUAUUAGUAUAAAUAUUAUAGUCUUAAUUUACAUUUAGUAGUGUCGUCAUAGAAAUUAAAUCUUUGUUUUUAUCUCACACUCUCUAUGUAUGCAAAAUUGGAUGACAAAUCUUAGAGUUGGAUAUCAAUACUAAUUGGUAGUGUUUUAAACAUAACUAGUUAAUAGGUAAUUCAACAUAGUCCAUAGGCAUUUCCUAAAAUUUAAUUAUUAUUACAAACUUAUUUUUAUAAAUGUUAAAUGCAAUUAUUUAUACAACCUGUCAUUUCAGCUGCUUAUUUGUAUCAAAUCAUAUGCUUUGAAAAUCAAUUUGUUUUAUUCUAUAUAGACUAUAUGGAAGUGAAAUCUAACACUGAAUUUAUUCUAAAUGGAUAAUUUAUUCUAAAGUAGACUUCAUCACUUCAACGCUGAUUGUGCUCCCGAAAAAAUACAGAUUUUUCGCUAACCGUGAUCCGGAAGUUUCCGGAGAUCGAAGGUUCAGACGUUUGAAAAAGUCAUUAAUCACAAAAGUUUCUGGAAAUCAAAUUUUCAAAGUGGAACUUAAAAACACAGUUUAUUUUAUUUCUUUUUAAGGGAGAUGCAGAUACUUUAUAAGCUUUUAUUCAAAAUUAAUAUUCAUUUUUUAUCAGUUAAUAGUUAUAAUCAUAAACUCAAGGAAGAAGGACGUAUUUGUAAAUUUCAAUUACUUCUCCAGGUCUUUCAUUGAUAUGUAAAAAAUUUUAAAUAUAUUUUAAGUAAACUAAGAAAUAUUGAGGAAAAGGAAAAGACCUUGUUUAAAUUUUUUUCUAAUUAUUCGAUUCAACCUUUUUUUUUUUAUUAAAAAAUUUUUCCAGAAUUUUGACUUGGGCUCAUAAUCACCCCCGUUACUUGCAAUUGAGUGAAAGCUCUCAUUUUAUUUUUUAAGUAUACUUAGAGCAUAUUUUAUUAUUUCAAAUCUAUACACAAAAAUAGCUGGUAUCUAUAUUAAUUAUAAUUAAGUCACUAUAUGCUCAUGUUCAGAAUCCCUCCAAGUAUGUUUUAACCUCACAUCCAUCUCAGCUCCAGAAAGAUUGCUAACUCAGUAUUAUUACGAGACGUACCAAAAAGCAAUAUGGUAUAACAUACAUAUGUACAUACUCAGUAUAAAUAGUGAUAUACUCGUAUACAUUGUAUGAUAACACCAUUUUAAAAUUAUUUUCGAUUUUGAAACAAUCUCAUUAUUAGAAAAUGAAUUGAAAGUACUUCACUUUUUAGCACUCAACAUAAAUCAUUUUCAAGAACUGCCACUUUAAUGGUAAUUGUUUUACCACCAGUUUGUUUUUCAGUAUACUGAAAUCUUGAUGAAUAAAACCUUUUAAACUCUGAAAUCUUUGCAGGACCUAUCAUGCAUUUUCUAAGAAUUAUUUUGAAAAAGCUUAAUUUCUAUAAGUAAUUAUCCAUAUAUUUUUAAAAAUAUUUAAAUUGUAUCAACUAUCAAUAAGAUGCUAUUCAACAGUAGUAUGCUUUCUUGUUGACAUUUAAAAAGAACUAAAGAAACAAACAUAAGUGCUAAGAAUAUUACUAGACCAUAAAUUUGAAAAUCAAAUAAAAAUUGUGAUCAUGAGAGAUUUGAGAACGUUCUUAUUUUUCAAUUUAUAUUAAUCUAAUCAUUCUAUGUAAUUAUUUUCCUGGCUUAUGAAAAAAAAAUUCGAACAUUUAUCAUUUUACUAGCUUUUUUCUGCAGCUAAGAUCGAAAAAGUGUUAGAACUCUAAAUGUAUGGGAUUUUUCUCCCAUUAAAAUAUAUUAUGGUUAGAUAUUUUUGGCCUUGUAAUAUCUGAAUGUAUUAUAUAAUUGUGUACAUUUAUGUAAAUAACAUUGUAAAUAUUUUGCACUCUGUUUCUCAAUUGAAAAGCAAAUUUACAAUUGCUAAAUACCUGAUUGCAAUUUUUUAUUAUCUUUUUACGGUAUAUUGAAAUAAUACUGUUCAUUUAAUUAUUUUGGAAAAAAGAUUCUUGAUUUUCCUACAGUAUUUGAUAAGUUAUUUUUAAUAUUUGAAAAAUAUCUUUUCAACAAGAAAAAAAAUCAUAUGCUAAUUAGUAUAAUUUAAGCUUUGAAUAAAAUAAAUUGAAUAAUUAAAUGAAUGAAUGAAACAAUUUGGAAAAUGAAAUUAUUUGUCCUUUUGUAAUACUGUUAAUAGCUUUAUAAAAAAAAAAGAUAAUUUACAAAUGUAAUAAGGACAUGGUAAAUUUUUUCUUUUAAAAAUUGAAAUGUUAAGAUGAGUUAAUAAAACAGUCAGUUCAAAUUUAAAUUAGUCAAAAAUCAGAGAGUUAGAUGCAAGGUUGAAAUGCAACAUUUUUUGCACAUUGAAGUAGUUUACAAAUUGCUGAAAAAAGCAUUCAGCAAGUUUUUUAUACCUGGUAUGAUUCAAUAGAUUUAUUUUAGUUGGUGAAAUUUUUUCCUUUGCACACAAUAAGAUACAAAAUAUUGUAUAUUUACAACCCUGUUAAGCUGUUUCAUUUUAUGGCACCUCUUGUGUAAUUAUGGCAUUUCAAAUAAAAUCUCAUUCUAUCAUA